GUGUCCCCUGCACCUAUGAUUACCAACCCAAGAAGCGUGGACCACCCAAUCUCUACCUUCGCCGACUUCAGGAAGCUGCUCAACAAGCUCAGAGGGACGCUGCUGUUGCUCACGCAACUGGCAAUGGAGGUCUCAUGGACACUCCUCUCUCAGCUACUCUACCACCAAACGCACACGGCCUCUCUCCCCUCUCGCCGCACGCAAUGCAACACAUGCCACUCCUCAGCAACCCUCCUCAUCCUGCCCAUCUUCGUCGCAGCCCUCCAUCCAUCCCAACUCUAGCGACUCCGGUCACUCCCGGCAAUCCCUCUUAUCUUUCCGACCCUCCUUUGAAUCCAGGUGCACCGGCACCCAUCCCCCCCUCGAGAUAUCCUAUUGCCGCCGACACCUACACCCCGUCUCCUGCCGCUGGCCUCUAUGGAGCCCACCAUCAUCCUUUCGAUCGCCCGGGGACCGCAGACACUGCAAUGUCGACCACCUCCAAUGGGCCACCGUCGACAAUUGCGCCACCCUCUUUGGAAAGCACCUUCGCCCACGGAUAUACGAAUGGGACAGGCAGCAGUGCCAGUGCGAACGGCCAGGUCUACCAAAGCUGGACCAGCCCUCCUGGCGUCAUUCAAUACCCAUUCAAGCCCUAUCAGCCUCCCCCUCCGACCUACCUUCCUCCUCUCAAUUACUACUACCGCCCGCACCGCCUCGAGGACAUUGCUCCUCGUGAAAUGCUCCUACAGAUCGUUCAGCUCUUCUUCGACUUCGUUUACCCUCUGACCCCAUGCAUUCAUCGACCAUCGUUUAUGGCCGACCUCAGCAGCCGACGAGAGGAGAGAGAUCCUCUCUUCUUUGCUCUCGUCAUGAGCACCAUUGCUAGCACUCUUGUGCAGGUUCCCCGGAGCUAUCUCCCGAUCGUCGAACGCAAACAGGUUCGAAGACUCGCUCAGCUCUGCCACGAGGCGAGCCGUCAUGUCACUGUAGCCGCAUACGAUCCUCCAACAAGCACUCACGUCGUAAUUCGUUACUUCCUGAAUCUUACUGACUUUGUUCGAUUCAAUAGCGAUACUGUAUACCAUUUCUGCGAGGGUCAUGAUGCGACUUCACAUGCAUCCUUUGGCGAAGCGGCCCACAUCGCAGUCACAUUGCACAUGCACGAGGAGGCGUCAUACGAGGGGCUCGAUCCUAUUGAGACCGAG